AUGGAUAAGUUUAUCAUUCGUGUUCCAGCCUCCUCGGCCAAUAUCGGUCCAGGAUUCGACGUGCUGGGAAUAGGUCUCGACCUUUUCCUGACUCUAGAAGUGGCUGUGGACUCAAGUCUUUCAACAACUGAUUCUGCCAACUGUUUGUUGUCGUACGAAGGUGACGGAAGCGAAAACGUUCCACUGGAAUCUGGCAAAAACCUCAUUACCAAAACUGCAUUGUUUGUUCUCCGUUGCAACGGAGUGGCCGAGUUCCCUAAAGUUACCCAAGUCCAUGUCAUUAACCCUAUCCCGCUGGGUAGAGGAUUAGGCUCUUCUGGUGCUGCCGUUGUGGCUGGUGUGCUGCUAGCGAACGCUGUUGGAAAACUUGGGUUCUCCAAACAACGUUGCCUAGAUUACUGUCUGAUGAUUGAGCGCCAUCCAGACAAUAUAACCGCUGCCAUGAUGGGUGGAUUUGUUGGUUCUUAUCUCAGAGAACUGACCCCGAGGGAGACUGCUUUGGUUCACCAGCCUCUUUCCGACAUGCUUGCGCCACAUGGUACCACCGACAAGGCUCCAUUAAAUAUCGGCACUCACGUGAAAUACAACUGGAACCCAGCAAUCAAAUGCAUAGCUAUCAUCCCACAAUUCGAGGUGGCCACCUCCGACAGUCGUCGCGUGCUCCCGGCAGAGUACUCCAAGCAGGACGUCAUUUUCAAUCUCCAGAGAUUGGCGGUGCUCACCACCGCCGUUGGAGCAGCACAGCCCGAUCCACAGCUGAUCUACAACUCGAUGCAGGACAAGCUACACCAACCGUACCGUAAGAGUUUGAUUCCUGGCUUGACCGAGAUCCUUUCUGGGUUCACCCCGCAAACGCACGAGGGACUGCUUGGUAUCUGUCUGAGUGGAGCAGGGCCAACGAUACUGUGUCUCGCGACCGAGAACUUUGACCAGAUUGCUGAGGCCAUUAUUGAACGGUUCAAGCAGGAGAAAGUUGAAUGUGUUUGGAAGCUGCUACAGCCCGCCCAGAAUGGAGCUACAGUGGAACAUCUAUAG